AUGUCUUCCUCUGGCACAUACGAACUUCUCUGCUUGGAGAAUCCCUUGUUGGACAUCCAGGCAAGCUGCGACGAUGCCUUCUUGGAGAAAUAUGGCUUGAAGGCCAACGAUGCUAUCCUGGCCGAGGAGAAGCACAUGGGCAUCUACGAAGAGCUACUAAAGAGAGAUGCUAAGCUCAUCGCUGGCGGUGCUGCACAGAACACGGCAAGGGGAGCACAAUACAUGCUCCCACCGAACUCCGUCAUCUACAUCGGCUGCGUAGGCAAGGACAAAUAUGCCGAUAUCCUGCUCGAGGCGAACAAGAAGGCUGGUCUGGCUGUCAAGUACCGAUAUGACGAGAAAGUUGGGACGGGCAGAUGUGGUGUGGUCAUCACGGGACAUAACCGCAGCAUGUGUACCGAUCUUGCGGCAGCCAACUGCUACAAGAUUGAGCACUUGAAGGAGAAUUGGGAUGUAGUGGAGAAGAGCAAGGCGUAUUAUGUUGGUGGAUACCACUUGACCGUGUGCGUGGAAGCUGUCAUGGCCUUGGCUGAGGAGGCAAAUAAGGAGAACAAGCCCUUUUUCCUUUCGCUUUCGGCGCCAUUCAUCCCGCAGUUUUUUAAGGAUCCUCUCGACCAGACAGCACCAUACUGGGAUUACGUGGUCGGUAAUGAGACCGAAGCGACGACCUAUGCUGACUCGCACGACCUGAACACACACGACAUCGCGAGCAUCGCGAAGCACAUGGCCAACUUGCCCAAGAAAAAUAACAAACGCAAGCGAGUUGCCAUCGUCACCCAAGGCACAGACCCUACCAUCAUUGCAAUCCAAGGCGAGGACGAGGUCAAGACUUUCCCAGUGCACAAGAUUGAUGGCAAGGAGAUUGUCGACACGACUGGUGCAGGUGACGCUUUUGCCGGAGGCUUCUUCGCGGGUGUCGCCAAGGGCGAGAAGCUUGAGACUUGCGUGGACAUGGGACAGUGGCUCGCUGCCCAAAGUCUGCGUGAACUCGGUCCUUCAUAUCCAUUUCCAGCCAAGACCUACUCGGCGUCCUCGUAA